AUGUCGAACAUAGAUGGUCAGAGUAUUAAUAACAAACCCACGCUUGUUAACGAUUCAAUGGAUAUUGACACUAUAAAUAAAGAUAAUGAAGGGACCAGUUCUUCCCGGCUAAAUGAUACUUCUUCCCAAUUGAUACAUGUUCCCACCGCAUCUGUAAAUGUUUUAUCGACAGAGAACCGGUCUGAUUUUGCUAUUCAACCUACAAAACCAGAAGAAAAACAGACUAACAGUACAACGAUCAACAUGACAACUCAAAACGUUUUUCAAUCGGUCGGAAAAGAUUGUACUACUGUUUCUCCUGAUAAAAAAGAUGAAUGUUCCAAUAAAGAGUUACCAGAAAACAUAGAAGAUAAGUGCGAUUUCUCCAAACAGGAAAUAGUGACAAACCCUGAGUCUGUUCAAGAAGAAAUAGUUACUUUUCUAGAUAAAGUAGUGGUUGAAACUCCUUCAAGUUUAUUUCCCAAAGAUUUUGACGUGCCAAAUGAUCGAAUGGAAGUGCAUUCAUCCCACCCUGACAAUUCUAAUGCCUUAGUAGCCCAACCUUCGUCUGAGAAAUCUGUUGAACCUGACUACCAACCCGUUUCAACAGAGUUAGCCAUUUUGCCUAAAUCCUCCACUGAGCAAUCAUCACAAAAUAACAAUGAUAAUAUGGAUACAGAUGAAACCCCCAAUGUUCAAUAUGACAAAGAUGAUGUAGUUCGCUCAAAAUCAGCUGAUCAUUCUGAAGUCCCCCAAAAUACUAAUCCUUCAGGAAAUCAAUCGCGUGGUGAUUGUGGUCAAGGUUCACAAAACCCCUCUAAUACGAUUGAAUCUGAAUCAUCAUUGGAUGGAUCUACCCAUCCAGAUAAUUCAUCAGAACAUAAUAAUGCUAGAGAAAAUCGCAGGUGGCGUGGUCGCCGUUCCCCAAGUUCUCAAAUUGAUAAUGAGAAAUCUGAUCGUAAAAGCCCAUUUAACUUACCCAAAUUGUCGGAUGCAGAAUUUCAAGCCUUACCCUCUGGCUCACGUUUAUUUCUAGGAAACUUGUCUACUCACUCAACCUCUAAAAAAGAACUUUACGACAUCUUUUCUCCGCACGGAAAAAUUUUACAAAUAUCCAUAAAGAAUAGUUUUGGUUUUGUUCAAUAUGAUAACCCCGAAAGUGUAAAAAGAGCAAUUGAAAAAGAAAAUGGAUUAGAAGUUUCUCAUGGAAAACCGUGGCACCAUUCAUCGUCGUCACAGGAGGAAGGGUUCGGCAAGCAUUCUUUCGCUAACAGACAAGGAAAGCAUUGGAAUCAGAAAGGUUACAAAGAUAGUUGGUACCAGAAUGAUCGCGACUAUACCCCAACGAGAGGGAAUCACGGUCAACCUUAUCAAGAACGGCGUUAUGAUGAUUAUGAUCGUCGAUCCUCGGAGUAUAAAUUUGAUCGACGUGCUUCAUAUGAUUCUAGAGGUGGUUACGACUACUCGGAUCAAAGGGAUUAUCGUCCUCCGCAUUAUAAGGACGAAAAUGAAUACAGGCCUCCUCGAGAUGAGAGGAAAUAUCGUCGCAACUCAUAUCGCGAAGGUGGUCACCGUGAUGAACGAUACUCGCACCGGUCAAAACCAUAUAAAAUUCCCCCUCGAGAUUACGUCGAAAAGAGACAAAGUCGUGAUCCAUAUCGCUCCCAAUCGCACGAUGAGCCCGAUGAUGAGUUUCCUUUGCCUCGGAGACAAGGAGGUGACGUCCCAGAAUGUCAAAUUAUCGUUUUAGAAGAAGUUGAACGGAAUUUCCUUUGGCAAGUUGAAGGUUCUUUCCGCGAGGCAUCUAUUUCUGUGCAUACUCUUCAUCUUUCUCGCAAGCUUCAGAUCCAAUCAGUCAUUCGUCAGAUGAUUAUGGAAGGGGUUCACGCGGUAAUCUUUAUGGAAAGACAUCUCGCUCUAAACGGUCUUGUGAAUAUGCAAAUUUUCGAUCAGUCAAGAACGGGCGACAAUGUGAAAUAUGACGAGUAUAAUGGUAUCAAAGUCGAGGAAGCUGUUGGCCUAUUGUUAAGAACUCGUGUAUCGCAACGGACAGGUGACCUCAGACCUUCUGAGAACGUAAUGGUCGGCGGACAGCAAAAUCUUCAACAAGCGCAGCAACCUCAUGCAAUGGGUGGGCAGGCGGGUUCCGCAGGACUUCAUCCGAUUUCUUUAAAUAACGUUAAUUUUGCCGCCCUCGCAAGUCUUCUUGGAACCCUUCAGCCUACCGCUAAUCCCAGUCUCGGCAUUCAACCAAUGUCGAUAAUUCCACCUGGAGGCAUCCAAACAUCUCAGCCGGGAUUGUUAGCUCAACAGCAGCCUCCAAAUAUCGACGUUCAACAGCUGCUUAGACAACUUGCGCCACAAAAUCCGGGGCUACCCAAUCAAACACCUUUCAUGGCGGUACCCCCACAUAUUGCGUCUAAUCUUGGUUUACCUCCCUCAUCUUUCAAUGCUUCAUUGGUUUCUAGUUUGAGUCUAAGAAAAUACCUCGUUGCUAUUGCUCAAAGUGCUAGGUCGAGUUUGAAUCCCGCUUGCUGGGUCAAAAAUCCCAGGGCCGAGUCCCAAUUUUGGGUUUUUGGAUGUACUUUACUUUAA